CCGAAAAGUUCCCCCUAGGAUCGGUUUCCACGCCGCCUCUCCUAAACCUCCAACUCCCAGCUUCGCUACAUCUUCAGGCGUCACUUUGACCUUGCCAACUGUUCGCGCUCGUGUUGACCUUAGUUGCUUCGAGUCCAGUCUUUCUUUCUUGGAAUAUUCACAACAUUCCCGAGCUCUACUCUUACCUUCGCUCACCGUUUUAAUCGAACACUUCUCUCCCGUACGAGUUAUUCAAGAUGGCUGCCGCUCCCUCCAACACUAUCUAUCCUCAGAGCCAUGUCGGUUUCGACAGCAUCACUUCUCAGAUUGAGAAGAAGCUCUUGAAGCGCGGUUUCCAAUUCAACGUCAUCUGUGUUGGUCAGACCGGCAUGGGCAAGUCAACGCUCAUCAACACCAUCUUCGCUUCUCACCUGAUCGACUCCAAGGGUCGCUUCCAGCCCGACGAGCCUAUCCGCCAGACCACUGAGAUCCAGGCCGUUUCUCACAACAUUGAGGAGAACGGUGUCCGACUUAGACUAAACAUUGUCGAUACUCCCGGUUACGGUGACCUUGUCAACAACGACCGCUGUUGGGACCCCAUCGUCAAGUACAUCAAGGAUCAGCACUCCGCGUACUUGCGCAAGGAGCUCACAGCACAGCGAGAGCGCUACAUCCAGGAUACCCGUAUCCACUGCUGUCUCUUUUUCAUCCAGCCAUCGGGUCACUCUCUCAAGCCCAUUGAUAUUGUCGUCUUGAAGAAGCUGUCUGAUGUUGUUAACGUGGUGCCUGUCAUUGCCAAGGCCGACACCCUGACCGUUGAGGAGCGUCAGGAGUUCAAGGAGCGCAUCAAGGAGGAGUUUGCUUUCCACAACCUUAAGAUGUACCCCUAUGAUAACGAGGAGUUUGAUGAUGAGGAGCGUGCUCUGAACGGUCAGAUCAAGAAUCUUGUUCCUUUCGCUGUUGUCGGUUCCGAGAAGUCGAUCAUCGUCAAUGGUAAGCAGGUCCGCGGCCGCCAGAACCGAUGGGGAGUCAUCAACGUUGAGGACGAGACUCACUGCGAAUUUGUCUACCUCCGAGACUUCCUUCUCCGAACGCACCUCCAGGACCUUAUCGAGACCACCUCUCAGAUCCAUUACGAGACCUUCCGUGCCAAGCAACUGCUGGCCCUGAAGGAGAGCAGUGCUCACGGUGGGGCUAGCAGCCGACCCAUCAGCCCUGCCGCUGACCGCGAGUUGAGCCGAAACUCGCAACGAAUGACGAUGAACGGCUACUAGGCUGUCUUUUGUUUUUGAAGUUGUGCUGGCGAUGGAGCAACGGCGUCUCUGGGCAGCUCGAUAGCCCGCAUUUGUUACGACCCUCCAUAUCUUUCACGGCCUGAUGUAGAGCAACUCAAAAGUAAAUGCUUUGU